AUGGCAAGCCAGCUGGCUCAGCACGAUUCUGAGAACAGCAAAUACAGCCUGCGUAUUGCGAGCAGCGAAGUUCCACGUCUCAGAAUGACCAGACACACUACAGAGAGGUCUCACAUGGCCGAAAACUUGCAGAACGACACUUGGAAUAGGGCAUCGCCCGGACUGACUGUGGGAUCUCCAGACCUGGAUAACUUCUCUCAUUUAAUUGCGGUACAGGGAAGGCAUGAAAGUGGGAACAUCUGCGACCGUGUGGGUAUAGUGAAGGCUCCUGAAACCAUCCCACCAGACCCCAUUCCUGUUACUCCCUCCGAAACUGAAUCCCGUGGCCAAAAUACAUGUGAGGGUGUAGCCCCCGUCGGGCGGACAUUGGGAGGGGCAGCAGCGAGCCCGAGUGUCAUUUCAAGCAAUUCUUUGAAGAAAGAGCAUGGUGGACCGCUUGCAGAUGUUCAGGCUCUUAGCAACAUGUUGAGAGAGUGA